GAGGGAGAGAAGGAGAUUGAUCACUUGAACGUCCUGGGCCCUGUAUUCCUCGGAGAAACAUUAAAAUUUCUACUAUAGCUCCAAACAAAUCUUUUCUUCUUCUUCUUCUUCUUCUUCCCACCUUCCUCAGGCGGAAGGCUUGCAGGUUGUUUUUUUUUUCUUGUUUCUUUUUUGGGUUAUUUUCACCCCGGAGACGUGCCACCACCACCACCAUCACCAGCAGCAGUAGCAGCAGCAGCAGCAGAGGAAUAUCUCCCAAUAUCCCAUCCCGGGCACGUCGGAUAAGCUGCAGCAGCGAAAGCACGCGGCAAAUAUUGCGGUGGACGGGAAAGGAGAGCAUGGUCCAUGGGAUUUCACACCUCUCACCCAGCCUGGGCGGCAGUUUGGGCUUGUUAUGGGGGUGACCCGAAGGAGAAAGUGACAGCGGAACAGUGAUGCCACUGUUUACAUAACAGGAGAGACUCGCACACACAUACAUGCACAAACAUAUACACACAGACAUGCAAGUAGGCUCAAAUCGCCAGUCCAAGACAUACACACUCACUUAAACAGUUCCACACAUGCAUACACUCUGAGACGGCGUAUUGAACGGAGUCACUGACUGAGUCACUGCACACUCAGAGGAACAGAAUCACUGACUCACACACAGGAACACACACAGACAGACACAUACACAAGGGGAAAAGGUUGUUUGCAGGAGCCAGGACUGUGUUGUGUGUGCUAUGGGCCAAGCUGAGCAGCAGCUGUGUGUGAGUGUUGGAUACCUCUGAAGGGUCAAAGCAGCCGGAACCCUCUGCCUCCCCCAGUUCCUCCCCUUACCCCUCCUAUCCCUCCUCUUCCAGCUAUCCCCAAAACACAUCAUCAUGUCCGAGCUGAGGACCAGCAGACUUUUAUCCCCCCCUUCAUCCUUCUCCUUCCACCUCAGGUUUCUAUCCCUCCUCCUCUCCCUCUGCCUUUCCCUUUCUCUCUAUCCAACCUCCUUACUGGCACAACAGACUGUGCCGGUCAUUUCUACGGCACAGGGCCGUAUCCGUGGCAUCUUGACCCCGCUGCCCUCAGACCUCCUUGGGCCUGUCAUUCAGUACCUUGGAGUACCCUACGCCAGGCCUCCAACGGGGGAUCGGCGCUUCCAGCCGCCUGAGCCGCCCUUACCUUGGCCAGGAAUACGAAACGUGACGCAGUUUGCUCCUGUGUGCCCACAGUCAUUGGAUGAGAGGAGCAUACUGGGAGACAUGAUGCCAUCCUGGCUCACUGCUAACUUGGAUAUAGCAGCGACGUACCUCACUCACCAGAGCGAGGACUGUCUCUACCUCAAUAUCUAUGUGCCAACUGAGGAAGACAUCCAUGAGGAGGGGCAGAGGCCAGUGAUGGUCUACGUCCACGGUGGCUCAUACACAGAAGGCACCGGUAACAUGAUGGAUGGCAGUGUGCUUGCAAGCUAUGGCAAUGUCAUUGUCAUAACUCUCAACUACCGCCUAGGAGUAUUAGGAUUCCUUAGCACAGGUGACCAGGCAGCAAAAGGGAACUACGGCUUGCUUGACCAGAUCCAGGCCCUGCGCUGGGUGAAGGAAAAUAUCGCAGCCUUUGGCGGGGAUCCAAACAGGGUCACGGUGUUUGGAUCAGGGGCUGGAGCAUCCUGCGUGAGCCUCCUCACCUUGUCGCACUACUCGGAGGACCUGUUCCACAGAGCCAUCAUCCAGAGCGGCAGUGCUUUAGCCAGCUGGGCUGUCAACUACCAGCCAAGCAAGUAUGCCCGGCAGCUCGGUGAAAGAGUGGGCUGCGGCAUCGAUGACAGCACGCAACUGGUUGCCUGCCUCCAGGGCCGGAGUUACCGUGAACUUGUGGAGCAGAACAUAACACCAGCCAAAUAUCAUACAGCUUUUGCCCCGGUGAUUGAUGGUGAUGUUAUACCUGAUGACCCCCAGAUUCUGAUGGAGCAGGGAGAGUUUCUGAACUACGACGUGAUGCUGGGGGUUAAUCAGGGCGAGGGCGUGAAGUUUGUGGAGGGCAUAGUGGACUCAGAGGACGGUGUCAGUGCUGAGGACUUUGACUUCGCAGUGUCGGACUUUGUGGAUAGUUUGUAUGGAUACCCAGAGGGCCGAGACACAUUGAGAGAAAGCAUAAGGUUCAUGUACACAGACUGGGCGGAUCGGGACAAUGCAGAAACCCGCCGGAAGACACUAGUGGCGCUUUUUACAGACCAUCAGUGGGUGGCACCAGCAAUAGCAACAGCUGAUCUCCACGCUCAGUAUGGGUCUCCUACCUACUUCUACUCAUUUUACCACCACUGCCAGAGUGACGCCACGCCACCUUGGGCCGACUCUGCCCACGGAGAUGAGGUGCCUUAUGUGUUCGGCGUGCCCAUGGUGGGACCCACCGAUCUGUUCAACUGUAACUUUUCCAAAAACGAUGUGAUGCUGAGUGCGGUCGUUAUGACCUACUGGACCAACUUUGCCAAGACUGGUGAUCCAAACCAGCCAGUUCCUCAAGAUACCAAGUUUAUCCACACAAAGCCUAAUCGCUUCGAGGAAGUGGCUUGGUCUAAAUACACCCCCAAGGAGCAGCUGUAUCUCCACAUUGGCCUCAAGCCCCGUGUCAGAGACCACUACCGUGCUACCAAAAUCUCCUUCUGGCUUCAGCUGGUCCCACACUUGCAUCAUGUCAACGAGCUCCUCCAGUCGGUGUCGUCUUUCACUCACAGUCCCUCUCCACAGGAUGACACCCCUUACUCUUACACUAAGCGUCUAUCCAAAGGUUGGCCUCCUAGCAGUACACGCCACCCAGGUUCCCCAGGAGGUACUCCACAACCACCCGAGCCCGCGUUAGGACAAGGUGGAGAAGAAAAUGGGGUCCGUGUCCCUAACGAGGACUACUCCACUGAGCUCUCAGUGACUAUUGCAGUAGGAGCGUCACUGUUGUUUCUUAACAUACUUGCAUUUGCGGCUCUUCUUUACAAAAAAGACAAAAGGCGUCUGGAGCAUCGUAGGCCACGUCCGCUUCCCCCACCGAGGAGAGACAUCACGCCAGCAGACGUUGCAGCCCACCUGCAGGGGGAGGGACUGAUGUCAUUACAGGUGAAGCAGCUGGAGUGUGACGCUGCCUCAGCAGAUGAACGGAACAACGCUCACCAUCAUCACACCCUGGAUACUCUAGAUGCGCUGGAUGGGUUGGACACCCAGGACAUCUACAGCACACUGGACACUGUGCGCCUCACCUGCCCACCUGAUUACACCCUCACGUUGCGCCGCUCACCCGACGAUGUCCCCCUCAUGACCUCUCUGACCCCGGGAUCGCUGCCCGUGACCCCGGGGUCUCACCCCGUUACUCCUGCGACGCCAAUGACCCCAAUGACACCUGGAUCGGUGGCCGGGAUGAGGAUGGGGCAUCCUCACCAGGGAUACACACACCAUAGCCCAUAUAGUAAUACACACUUGCCACACACACACAUCUCCACGCACACACACUCCACCACGCGUGUAUAACCGCAGCAAGAUACCGCAGCACAUAGAUACAACACACACCCAUACUUAAACACACACACACACACUGAACAAAAUAGACUUAAGACUUAAAUACCUCUACUAAUUACCCUGCAGGAUUGUUACAGAAGGAAUGACAGAGAGACAUUUUUCAGUAACAGGAUGUAAAGACAAACAGCUGUGUGUUGCAUGUCUGGGAAACUGAAACCUAAAACUGGAUCAGACGAGAUACUCAUUUGCUCAUAACCCGAUGAGCCAGGACAUCCAUCAAAUGUCUGAAAACCUUCUUUGGAUUUUAAAUCUGCUUUUUUUCUACAUCUGAGGAGGAGGAUGAGGAGCACUGUGGCAAAGGGGUCAGUUACUUUACAUCUCUUACUGCACCUGAGCUGCGCAGUGCAAACCGUGCUGAGGCUGAAGAGAGCAGAUGUAGAUGCAGAACUGAGUUAUGAAGUACCACACACACAGACUGCUGAUGUCAACUUGAACAACCUGUGAAAUGUGAAUGUAGCAUUUUUUUUUCCAUUAAAUGAUCAAAGGCCCUAUCUGCCAAGGAUCAAACUAAGCUGAGGAGAAAAUAACAAAUUUCAGCGAGAGAUGGAUGUAAAAAAAAACAACAAAAAAGGAAAAAGCAGAGAAAGAGGAAGAGGGGGAUUGAAAAGACAACAUAAGCUGAAGGAAAAAGUUUGUGUGAUGGUGGGAAA